CCGAGCUCUAGCGUUCACGUGUUAUUUUACAUAUAUAUCAUAUCGAGGCCGCGAGGAAAACAUGAAUUCAUUUACAGUGUUUGCUAUACUGGUGCAUGCUGUUCUCGUCGUCACCGUGUAUGGUCAAUACGGGGGCUAUGACGACGACGGGAGCGGAGUGAGCAAAUGGAAUAAGAAAGGGCAUGGUGACGACUAUUACCAUUACAACCACAAUCAGAAGCACAAUUCAUACGGAGCAAAAGCGGACUACGGUGGAAAGGGAGAAAUUCAUCUGAAUGGAAAGAAGUCAAAGAACUGGGGCAAGGGAAAAUUUCACUUCAGCAAAGGAAAAGGCACGUACAAUUACGAUAACUAUCACAAGGAUAAAGGAGGGCAAAAGAAAUAUUAUGAUAAUGGCUAUAAGGCACAUUAUGGCGGCAAAGGAAACUUUUAUGGAAAGGGAGCGUACAAUAGCUGGAAUAAGCACGCCGACAUGCACUACAAUAAAUACUUCCAUUAAGUGUUUAAGCAUAGCUCAAGAUAUCGUAGACCAGCGACCAGCUGCUUUUCUAUAGAGUAAAUAAGUCGAGCUCUAAUAUAUAUUUGUGAUGGGAAAGAGGCAGAUGUAAUGGUAAACAAUCGAGAAUUAAAUAGUAAGAUAAAGCAGAGAAUAAAGGGGUGUAGAGAGAGGAUGAAAGAGAGAUAGAGAGAGCGAAAACGAGAGAAUAAGAGGGAGGGGGAGAGCGAGAGCAAGAAAGAGGAGAAGGAGAGGUUGUGAGAAACUUGUCAUUAUUGGUCGUGUUAAUAAGUAUAACUAUAACGUCAACGUAACUAUGCUAAAACUAGUUGAAUAUCAUUAUUGUACGUCAUCAUCGUGUCAAAAUCUUUGUCGUAAGAGACCAUUGUAAUGCAAUUCAUUCAAUGUUGUGCUCAACUUUCUUUGUUAUUGUUAUACAAAUAAACGUUGCAAUC